UCUCUCGAGAGAAAGAAAGAUGUAUGACUAAAGUGUGGUCACUAAGCUGUUUAAGAGAGAUAAGAUAAACAGAAAGAAGAAGAAAAAGACUGAAACUAAUUCCUCUCUCGGUACUGAGCCAACGAGUGAAGCUCCUCCCACAGGAAUCACAUCAUUCGUGAAGCUCCUCCCACAGGAAUCACAUCAUCAGUGAAGCUCCUCCCACAGUAGUUCACCAAUAAAUGCUGGAACAUCUCAUCAGUUCAGAAGAGAAGAAGAGCUGAAAUCUGUGAAGUCUGAGUUUAUUAAAGAGGACCGAGAGAAGAUGAGAGAUCAAGAAGCCUCAACCCUCAGAAUCAAACACACUGAAGAUACUGAACAAACAGAGCUGAUUGAAGAGAACCAGGAGAGUGAAGAAUUGAGUGAAGCUGAGGAGAAAAAUCAUGUCAAAACCAGAGAAAAGUUUCUGAGUUGCUCUCAAACCAAACAGAAAGAUUUAAAGAAAAGAAGAGCCAAGAAAUCUUUCACCUGCACUCAGUGUCCAAAGAGUUUCACAUGCAAAUCUAAUCUUGAUAUUCACAUGAGAGUUCACACUAGAGAGAGACCAUACACAUGUGAUCAGUGCGGCAAGAGUUUCUCUCAAAAAAAAUACCUUCCAUUGCACAUGAACAUCCACACUGGAGAGAAACCGUACACGUGUGAUCAGUGCGGGAAGUGUUUCACACAAUCAACAAACCUUAAUAGUCACAUGAAGAUCCACACAAGAGAGAAACCGUACACUUGUGAUCAAUGUGGGAAGAGUUUCACACAAUCAACAAACCUUAAGAGACACAUGAAGAUCCACACAAGAGAGAAACUGUACUCAUGUAAUCAGUGCGGGCAAACAUUUUUGUGGGCUUCAAACCUGAAAAGACACCUGAGAGUUCAUACACAGGAGAAGCCAUAUUCGUGUGAUUUGUGUGGAAAGAGUUUUACAUUGCCACAAAGUUUGAAACAACAUCAGAAACUUCAUACUGGUGUGAGAGAGUACAUGUGCUUUGAGUGUGAAAAGACUUUUAUUUCAGCGGCCAAUUUAAAACAGCAUGAGAUGAUUCACACUGGAGAGAAACCUUACAAGUGUUCACACUGUGACAAGAGAUUCAGUCGGUCAGGAGACCUGAAAACACAUGAGAGGAUCCACACUGGAGAAAAACCUUACAAGUGUUCACACUGUGACAAGAGAUUCACUCAUGCAGUAAGUCUGAAAAUACACGAGAGGAUCCACACUGGAGAGAAACCGUAUCACUGCACUGCAUGUGGGAAGUGUUUCAAUCAAUCAUCUGCUCUACACAGUCAUACAAAAAACAUUCACAGUAAGUAGAUAAUCUUCAGAUCCAGCACUUUCAGAUCUAAUGCUGCAAUAAUGCUGCAAGAAAUAAAAUAUCACCUGGAUAAAUCUGUCCUAACCAGACAUUAGAAGCAACAUGACAGAAACAAGUUUUCACAGUUAAUAAAGUUCAUCUUCAUCUUCAAAAGCAGCAGAUUCAACUGAGAUUCAGAUCAACUCAAAGAUGGAGUUGCUACCCAAAGAACAAUGUCGAAAUGUUUUAUUAUUGUAUAUCAUUUUGCUUCAUGAUAUAAAUGUUAUACUUGUAAUUUUAUAUGAGUUUCAUGUUACCGUAAUUCCUCAAAUAAAAACCGGUAGUCAAAUAAACGGCGGGCCUCUUAUAGUGGCCGGGGGCGUGGUAACACGGACAAAUUAAGGCCGGGGGGAAAUUUGUGCAGCAGAGCCAGAUAACGAACGUACACGCCCACUGCCGGAGCGUUUCUCGUUCUUGAGUCAAGAACCGGUUGCAUCGGUUUUCGGAUCACCAGUACACUGAACCGAGAAGCAUUUCUG